AUGACAUCAGCGUUGAAAUUGGCGACUGGUGCCGAUAUCCCGACGGUCGCGAUUGGCACGUACAGGCUGCGUGGGGACGAUGCGCAGCGAGUGGUAUACGACGCUAUAUGCGUCGGAUAUCGCCAUAUUGACACAGCGGGGGUGUACCGCAACGAAGAAGCAGUGGGUCGAGCGAUUCAACAGGCCAUCCUCGACAAGCUUGUGACACGAUCCGAGUUGUUCGUGACAACAAAGAUAUCCCCCAAGCACAUGGGAUACGCAAAGACCGUCGAAGCAAUUCAAAUGAGUCUGCAGAACCUGAACCUAGACUACAUCGACCUCAUGUUGCUGCAUUGGCCUGGGACUCAAGGAAAGAGAGCGGACAGCGCCCUGCUUCAACCAAAUCGCGUGGGGAGUAUGAAGGCGCUGACGGAAGCUUUCCACACAGGAACAUUGAAGGCUGUGGGUGUCUCCAACUUUUUGAGAGCUCAUUUUGUUGGUCUCGAGCACUUCGACAUUCAUGUGAACCAAGUGGAGUUUCAUCCACUGCAAUGGACUCCGCUCAUGCGAGACUUGGCGAUAUAUUGCCGCGGUCGAGGAAUGGUCAUGGCGGCCUAUUCAAGUUUGGGCGAAGGGUCUCUUCUGGACGUUGCGACGUAUCCAGAGCUCCAACAUGUCGCGAGUGACGUGUCCGCUACUGUUGCCCAAGUUCUUCUCGCAUGGGGCCAUGCUCAUGGAUGGGUGGUCAUUCCCAAGGCAAGCUCCAAAGUUCGCAUUCAGGAGAACUGGGACGCAGUCCAGCAUGUCGCUCUAUCCGACGAACACAUGUGCACCAUCAACGCCAUCGUUGACCGAAUCGGGCCGGUCAAGUUCUGCUGGGAUUCGUCCACUAUUGCAUGAGCCCGUCGUCCGAUGACGAAAGGACCUGAAUGGAUUCUUCAUGUUUUGUCAAUGUUUCAGUAGUUGCGAUCUAUUGGUUAUAAAUCAAACACUGUUGGAA